GUCAACAAGGUGCACCAUCCCCUGCACCUACCCGCAACGUCAACAGCAACACCAGGGAAACGAGAUCGAUCGACCUUAGAUGCGGCAGAAGUUGUCGAUCCAGCCACGAGCCGCCUAUUCUUAAGUGACAAAGAUAGUAAGGUAGAGUUUUUAAUUGAUACUGACGCCGAUAUUAGCGUUUAUCCGCGAAAAUUAGUUAAGGGACAUCCUCCCAAAAGUACAUACACUUUGUAUGCCGCGAAUGAUUCGACCACCUCAACGUAUGGCGAUAUUGUUUUAAACCUAAAUUUAGGAUUGCGGCGAAUUAUCAAAUGGAAAUUUAUAAUCGCGAAUAUCACGAAACCUAUAAUCGGCUCGGAUAUGCUUAAGUAUUACGGCUUGUUGGUAGAUUUAAGGAAUAAACAGCUAAUCGACACUGAAACAAAAUUAACGUCACAAGGAAAACUGGGGAUUGCCGAUUUAAAUUCGGUCAAAACAAUUGUCGGUGACUCUCCAUACCAUAAAAUCCUCACAGAGUUCAUAGAUAUCACCAUUCCCACACGUACGAAACACAACAUUACACAGGCACGAAACACAACAUUACACACCACAUUAAGACAACAAAAGGACCUUCAGUCUUUUCGAAACCACGUAGGUUAGCACCUGAUAAAUUAAAAAUAGU